AUAAGAACUUAAGCUUAGAAGAAGAGGACUUUUUAAGUACAUGAGAUGGAAGAGAGGAUAAACUAAAAGAAGAUCUAGAGGAAGAAGGUUGAGAACUAGAGUUACUAAGAGUGGAUAGAUCCAUGAAAAUAAUACUCUCUUUUGGCUUUUCCUUUUCCAAUUUCAAUAAUCAAAACUUUAGAAACAUGCUUUUCUUCUCACUAUCUUGGCAAGUUGCAAGGCCUGAUACCAUUCUAUACACAGCUCUGAUACCAUUCUAUACACAGCAGCAGGUAGUACGGCCAAGGCUCUGGUAACUGAUACGGCUUCAGUUUCAGGCUUUCUUAAGCCAAGAAGACGUUAGAGUCUUGAACACCGGUUAGAAUACCUUAGUUAUAUGUCUGAUCUAUGGAAAGCUUAUGGUUGAUAUUAUCUUAUUAAGUUUGAUCGAUCUACACGCUGUUAUCAUAAUACCAAAUAGUAUUAUCAGGACUCUACUAUCCGAAAAAUUUGAAACUGAAACCGUAUCAAUUGUCAUAGCCUUGACCAUACUACCUGCUAUAUAGACGAAUAGUUUGGGCCCAAAUGGAAAGUGGGCCUCCAGGUGGGAAGGCAAAAAAAGGUUGGAAGGCAUGAGGUUGUCCGUAGUAGGUAAGGCCGGAAAGAAGGUGGGUCCACUACCUCAGGCUCAGCUAAAACAAAAGAAAAAAGUGGGUCCCUUACUUUUUACAUUACUCACUGGUUCACCGCAUGAUACCGUGGUAGUAGGCCCCAGCUGUAUACAAACAAUGGACAGUGAAUCAGUGACAACACAACGAAACUGAAAAAGAAGCCAUUCUCGGAUACUGUCAAGCUCUAUCCUUUCGUUUCUUCCCAUUAUGCUUCUUUUUCUUCUCUUGCCUCUGUCCUAUCGUAUACUAUAUACUCCUUGUUUCCUCAAUAACUCUCCUUGAUCCAGAAGCAACAAAUAUUUCUUCACCUUCACUUCUCCUUCAAAGGUUUUCACAUUUCUUGGAUAAGUCUAUGGCUGAUCAUGAACUUGACUGGAGUCACCUGUGUGGUCGGGCCUUGUGCUUGCUAGUUUAUGCUUUGGAAGGGAAAUUAGCAUUGGUGAUAGCGGCACAGAAAGUCAGUUCUUUAUACCGAAUUUGUUGAUGAUGAUUUAUCAAAAGUUCAGUUGGGUUACCAUAUGGUGUUUUUUAACACAAAUAAAAGCAUUGAGAUUUACUGGGUAAAUACAGGUUCCAACAUGCACAUUGGCACUCUUUGAGAGUAGUGUGUUUUUCAAAUAUAUAAGAUGGCAUCCAGUGAAGCCUCCAUCAAUAUUCAUGAUCAUGGUAAAGCUGUGGAUGGAAAAAAGCAAAGAGUCCAAUGCAACUAUUGUGAGAAAGAGAUGAGUGGUUUUUUCCGUCUCAAGUACCACUUGGGAGGUGUACGGGGAGAUGUGAUCCCUUGUGAAAAGGUUCCAGAAGAUGUGAAGGAGCUGUUCAGAAACAAAUUACAAGAAAGAGGAGGACAUCUCUGCAAGGAAGUCAGAGAUCUAUUUCAACAAGAUAUUCAGUGGAAGAGGAGUGGAUGCCCAAAUAAAAAUGUUGCCAAGAAAAUGAGGUGUCAAAGUUCUGAAUCUUCUGGUAGUGAGAGUGGAGAAUAUGAAAAUACAGAUUCUAUGUCUGAAGAUGAUUCGGAAGAACCUGCAAUACCACCCAGCAAAAUGAUUGUUUUACAAAGUGCUGUUACUGGCGAUGUGAAAGAAGAAUCAUUGUCUAAGCAAAAUAAAAAAUGCAUUGCUAGAUUUUUCUUUGAAACAGGUAUCGAUUUUAAGGUUGUGAACUCUCCAUGCUUUAAAAGGAUGAUAAAUGAUACCCACUGUCCUGGACAGACAAAGUAUAUGAUCCCCAAUUGUCAGGAAUUGAAAGGGUGGAUUCUUAAGGAUGAAGUAAAAGAGAUGCAAGAAUAUGUGAAGAAGAUAAAGCAGUCAUGGGCAAACACUGGAUGCAGUAUCUUAUUGGAUGGAUGGAUUGAUGAAAAAGGUCGAAACUUGGUUAGUUUUAUUGUGGAUUGCCCUCAGGGCCCAAUUUACCUUCAUUCUUCUGAUGUUUCAGCCUAUGUUGAUGAUGUUAACACAUUGCAGUUGUUGUUGGAUAGAGUUAUUGAUGAGGUUGGGGUGGAAAAUGUAGUUCAAAUCAUUGCCUUUUCUACAAUAGGUUGGGUGGGAGCUGUAGGCAAGCAGUUCAUAGAUAGGUGGAAGACAGUGUUUUGGACUGUGAAUGCAUCUCAUUGUAUUGAGCUCAUGUUAGACAAGAUUGCAAUGAUGGGUGAGAUUGAAGAGACAUUAAAAAAGGCCAGGACCCUUUUGAAGUUCAUUCAUGGCCAUGCAACAGUAUUAAACCUUUUGAGAGAUUAUACUGAUGGUCACGAUCUUGUUAAACCUACCAAGGUAAGGUCGGCAAUGCCUUUUGUGACUCUGGAGAAUAUUAUAGCAGAAAAGAAAAACUUGAAGGCAAUGUUUGCAUCAUCUGAGUGGAACACCUCCACAUGGUCUUGUAGAUCAGAGGGCAAGAGGGUAGCAGAGUUGGUAGGGGAUCCUUCAUUCUGGAAAGGAGCUGGAAUCGUUGUAAAGAUAGCUCUACCUCUGGUACGUGUUUUAUGUUUGAUGAUUGGGGAUGAUAAACCCCAAAUGGGAUUCAUAUACGAAACCAUAGAUCAAAUGAAGGAGACAAUUAAAGAGGAAUGCAGGAGCAAGAAAUCAUUGUAUAUGCCCUUUUGGAAAGUGAUUGAUGAGAUCUGGGAUGGCCAUCUCCAUAGCCCUCUCCAUGCUGCUGGUUAUUUUUUUAAUCCAAGUCUUUUCUAUUCAACUUAUUUCCAAUGUGAUUAUGAGGUUACCUUUGGCCUGUUAUCUUGUAUGGUCCGUAUGAAUCAAAAUCAGUCCACUCAAGAUAAAAUCAUACAACAGCUUGUUGCCUAUAGACAUUCUAAAGGUGCUUUUGGAGAGGGGAGUACCUUGCAGCAAAGAACAAAAUUUUCUCCUGCCUCGUGGUGGUGUCAUUAUGGAGGACAGUAUCCAGAGUUGCAGCGAUUUGCAACAAGAAUUUUGAGCCAAACUUGUGUUGGUGCUUCAAAAUAUAAGCUCAAUAGGAGUUUUGCGGAGAAGCUACUAACAAAAGGAAGGGAACGUAUUGAGCAACAACUACUAAGUGAUCUCACAUUUGUUCAUUAUAAUUUGCAACUGCAGCAGCAGCAUUCUCUGUUAGGUGUAAACUAUGACAUUGUUGCCGAUGAGAUAGAUUCAUUGGAUGAGUGGAUAGUAGCUGAUAAACAGGAGAUUGGGUCCUCAAAUGGUGAUUCAGCUUCAAUGGAGUUGGAGAGUGCUAAAGCAGCUGUCAAUGGAGAAAUACCUUCAUUUCAAGUCAAGGAAGAGCCCAGGUAAAUGUAAGACAGACAGAAAGGUGGAUUAGAGCAAUAGCAUUUUGGCAAGGUAAGGGUCAUGGGUCGUUUAAUCUAUCAUGAGAAUGUAUGUAAAACCUCUGUUUCUCCAUCGACUCGUGCUAUUAACCUUUUUUGUGUGUAGAAAAAAAAAAAAUCACCAAGGAACAUGUCUGCAAAUGUUUUACAUUUUAUAAGAAAAAAAUAAUAAUAUAAGCUAUCUAUCUUUUAUUACAUGUAAAUAAGUUUAUAAUAUUUUAUUUUGCUGUAAAUAAAAUCACAAACUUUUAAAAUUAUUUAAUUAAGUUUAAUUUCAUUAAAUAAGACUAACGG